AUGUCGCGAGUGACAGAAAAAGCACAGGAUGAAUUAUCUUCUCUAGCUGACAGAAAUGUAGACAGCACAGACUCUGAUCUGCGUUACAUGGCAUAUGCUGCUCGUCUCAGGACUGCAGUGCGUGCCGGCAGUCGUUACAUUGCAUAUACCAGUGAUGUCGGAGAGGCAUUCCGUCCCGUAGUACCUCCUGCCAUAGUUACCGCAUGCUACGGUAUUUCAUGGCUAUAUCUCGCUGGCGACGUGGGCUACGAGGCGUAUAAGACUCAUAGACGCGGGCCCAGCCCAAUAGAAGCUGCCCAUUUCUCUGAGCCGACGAGAGUAGGCAUGGUAGCCGUCAAACGUGCGGUUUUCCAAUCCGUAGCAUCAAUGGCGCUGCCCGCAUUCACUAUUCAUACCGCCGUCAACCAAGCAAAAAAAGCUUUCACGAACGUGCAGAACAAGAGAUUGAAGACUUGGGGUCCAACUAUCAGUGGACUUGCUAUCGUCCCUUUCCUGCCAUACAUAUUCGAUCAUCCCGUUGAGACGGCAACGGACAAGGCAUUCGAGUGGAUUGAGAAGAGGAUAAUUGAGAGUCAGGACGCUAGAGAGAAGCCAGAAUCGUAA